AUGGAUGAAGAACUGACAUGGACAUGGAAGUUGGUGUCGCUACGAAUUUCAGUCCUUCUGAUUGCGAUGGCUCUGUUGGCAGACAUAGAAUUUUCAUUCAACAUCAAAAAUACCGCCACAACACUUCGAGGUCAUUCCACGAAUAAGACGCUUGACUUCCGAAGGCAUUAUUGGGUGCGAGCGAAAGUCAACAGAACUGAAAAUGCUACCAUCAAUGCCGUCUUGCAAGAUGCUAUCUUGUCAGAUAGUCGAGGGCGCUGUAUCCCAGGUCCCAAUCAACCUUUGGCCAAGCUCCACCACACAAGAAACCCGCUGGAUGAACCCAGAAUUGACCCGAGCGAGGCAGCGGCGGUAAGGGAAGUGGCUUGUGACUUUCAUGGUAGAUCCGAUGCCCACUUUCCACAUGCCAUGCAGCAGCUCUAUCGCUGUUUUUCGUACUGGCAGGAUUACCAUACCAAGGUCCCAUACUUGCUGAUGCCAACUGGAAAAGUGGAACAGAAGCUUAGCAACCAACCGUUUAUCGCUGGAAUGCUGGAUAUGUUUGAGUAUCAAAUGGACGUGGGGAUUAUCAUGAAGGACAUUUUCAAUCCGAAGGCACUUGACGAUCUCAUCAAACAGCCGCAUGUCGAUAUGCAGGCAUUCAAUUUGGUUGGCAACUUCAGCCUUCGCCAUGCAUACCACCUUCAUCACUAUGCCAAAAAGGAAUUCGAACUCAACGACACAAGUACUGACACCUGUAAGCAUUCAAAGCCUCGGAUAGCAAUUCUGAAUCGAGCUCCAAAUAGUAGACGAACCAUGUUGAAUGCUGAACACAUUGCGAACAUGACGGACAUGAAGGAACUCUCACGCAACAACACUGUCGAAGUAGCAUAUUUUGAAGGAUUAGACGUUCGCGAUCAAAUUGGUUUCUUUCGGUCAGUAGACAUACUGAUUUCGCCACAUGGUGCACAGCUAACAGGUGUCGCGUUUAUGAAUGCUCCUUGUUCCCAUGUGUUGGAGUUAUUUCCAAAGGCGUAUUCUCUUCCGGGAUUCUUUGGAAGCUUGGCUAUUGAGAGCGGCAAGGAUUACUCGUACUUUUAUAUGUCUGAGAACCCUCCCGAAGCCGAACAAGCCCACAACAAAACGGAACGAAAUCACGCAAGGGCUCAAGACUUAUGUCCCUCUACCGAUGUAAUGGUCGAUACCAUUCGCAAGCUUGUGGACGAAUGGAGGCAGUGCUGCAAUGUGAGAUGCGAGAAGCGGGACACGAAUCCCAUGAUGGCUGGAUGCCCUUCCAUCCACUGA